AUGAAGUGGUUUUCUAUUUUGGUUCUGCUACUGGCGCUUUUUUCGGUCAUCGAAUUUGGAUAUGCCCGAAAAAUUCACAAAAUUACCAUUAGAAAUGGAGACAUUAUAUAUCAUGGAAACUGCAAUGGCUGCACAGCAAGCGCCACCAAAAACUCAGCUCGUUUACGUUUCAAAUUACUAAAUUAAUAUUAAACUACCCACCACCCACAACUGGAAAAGGAAGCAGAGGUAGGAUCACAGCCAAGCCCAGCUUUAAAGCACCUCCAUCCCACGGUCGUCCAUCAUGGGAUGACGAUCAUGAUGAUGACCUUGCCGGCGGCUGGUCACUGCAUCAAUCUUCUGGAGGAAGUCAGUACAUUGGCAGGCGUUCCAAACGCCAGUCGCGCGGUGGUCAGUACAUCGAUUU